GGUUAUUUCAAGUUCUCCCUGCAUUUCCCCUUUCAAGCCUUCCUUUAAACAACUGCGCCACCUCACCGCCUCUUUCCGAAGCUCACAACAAGGCUCAUUUUUCUAAUCUCUGUCUCUGAAAACACCUUCAUCAACUCUUACACAAACAAACAGGUAUUGGUUGCCAUUGGAUUGUGAUGGAUGCAAACGGUAAAGGUCCAAACGAUCAGGUGGUUGUUAUGAUCUCUGGUGGUGAUGGUUUGAAGGAUCAUCCUAAGACUAAACCUUCAUCUGGUUCACCCCAUGCAUCAAUUGAUUCACCUGAGAUUGCCACAUUCAGCCCAACUGCAAAUAAGCCUCCAAAACCACCAUCCACUUCCACCACUCUCAUUAGGCGAAAAUCACUCUCAAGAUCAGUUUACUCAAAACCGAAAUCAAGAUUUGGUGAACAGUCGAUACCCAUUGAUCAAAACAUGUUUGAUGAUCAAAGUGAAGCAUCUAUCUGUGCUUCACCUAAUUAUAAACUGGACCCCGAUACCAUUUGUAAUACACAGAGAGAGACUAGAAGGGCCGUCUCAGUGAGCAUUACCCCCAAGACACCGCUAAUGGCGUCACCGGGUGGUUUUGAAGGAUAUGAUGAGCACGAGGAGAUUUAUAAGAAAGUGAAAGUGAGGGACAAUUUGAGGCUUAGGAAAGUGAAGGUGAGAGUUUUAAGUGAAUGGUCAUUAUUACUUUGCAUUGUAGGGUGUUUGGUUGCUAGCGUAAAGGUUGAUAAGCUCCGACGUUGGAAACUUUGGGAUUUGGAGGUAUGGAAGUGGAUUACGCUUUUUAUGGUAACAUUGAACGGGCUAUUGGUCACAAAGUGGUUCAUACAUUUCAUUGCCUUAUUGGUUGAGCUCAACUUCUUGUUACGGAAGAGGGUGUUGUACUUUGUGUAUAGUUUGAAGAAGAGUGUUCGUGUCUGCCUAUGGAUUAGUUUAGUCCUUGUGACGUGGUUAUCACUCUUCGCGAGCGGGAAUCGGAGGUCGCGUUUGGCCAACAGAGUCUUGGAUGACAUUACUUGGACUCUAGUUUCGUUGCUUAUAGGGGCGUGUUUGUGGUUACUGAAAACUCUGUUGCUUAAGAUAUUAGCAUCAUCUUUUCACGUGAAUGCGUUUUUUGACAGAAUCCAACUCUCGUUUUUUCAUCAGUACAUUUUGUUGACCCUAUCGGGUAACCCGGUUAUGGAGUCGGCAGAGAUGUUAGGGAGAACAAACAGCAAUGUGAGUCAGCUCAGUUUCCACAGGGUGAAGAAGGGGAAAGACGGGAAGGACAAUAUUAGGAAGGAGAGAGAGGUAAUCGAUAUUAAUAAGCUUCACCAGAUGAAGCGAGAGAAGGUGUCUGCAUGGACUAUGAAGAUGUUGGUCGAUGUGAUAUCUAAUACGGGGCUGUCCACUAUCUCUGGCUCGUUAGAUGAACGCACAUUUGGAGGAGAGUUUGAACAAAGGGAUAUUGAGAUCACUAAUGAGGAGGAAGCAAUUGCCGCUGCUUAUCACAUCUUCAGGAAUGUUGCACAGCCUGGUUCCAAGUACAUUGAUGAGUUCGACUUAAGGAGAUUCUUGAUUAAAGAAGAGGUUGAUAUGGUUUUACCAAUGAUAGAUGUGGCAGAUACCAGAGAAAUUGACAUGAAGACUUUGACAGAGUGGGUGGUGAAGAUUUAUAAGGACCGGAAAACACUAUCCCAUGCUUUAAACGACACAAAAACAGCUGUGAGACAAUUGAACAAGCUCGUCACCGGGAUUCUAAUAGUUGUGAUAAUGGUCAUAUGGCUUCUGUUAGUCGGGAUUGCAACAACCAAAGUGAUUGUCUUUCUCUCGUCCCAACUUGUUGUGGCAGUAUUUAUGUUCGGGAACACUUGCAAGACUGUUUUUGAAGCCAUUGUUUUUGUGUUUGUGGUGCAUCCUUUUGAUGUUGGUGAUCGUUGUGUUGUGGAUGGUGUUCAGAUGAUUGUUGAAGAAAUGAAUAUCUUGACUACUAUUUUCUUGAGGUAUGACAAUGAGAAGAUAUACUAUCCGAAUUCGGUGUUGGCUAAUAAGCCCAUCAGCAAUUUUAAGAGAAGUCCCGAUAUGAGCGAUACCUUCGAGUUUUCCGUUGAUUUCCAUACGCAUGUGGAGAAGAUUGGAGCUCUAAAUGAAAAAGUAAAGAUGUAUCUAGAAAAAUCCCCACUUUGGCAUCCGAAUCACAACAUGGUGGUGAAGGAGAUAGAGAGUAUGAAUAAAAUGAAGAUGGCCUUGAUCUUCAAUCACACGAUGAACUUCCAAAAUGCUGGAGAGAGAAGUAGGCGGAGGACCGAACUGAUCCUGGAGAUGAAGAAAAUGUUUGAGGAUCUGAGUAUCAGAUACGAUCUUCUUCCUCAAGAAGUCCAUCUCAUUGACUCAUCAAGCGGGAGAAGUCCAUCUCAUUGAGGUAGCUUGUACCUGACUCCAUAGAUUUAUUUAGAACAUCUGAAUUCUGAUGAAUCAUCAUCAUCAUCUUCACGGGAGCUGCUGCUACGAUUUCUUAUGGAUAGUCGUCACAGUAGUAUGCGUUCUUUGAUUGCGGUUUGAUCAUGACUUGAAUUUUACCACUUGCUGCUAUUUGAGCAUUCCCGAUACGCAUCGAGGCUUGUAGUUGUGAUUAAAAAUAUAAUGCUCAUCUUCCUAAUUAAUCUUUUCCCCAUGCCCCUUCCUACUACUUAGGAUCUAUCUCCAUUUCCAAAUGGGACGCUCCCAUACCAUGCCUACACCAUUUCACAAAUUGCAUCCAUUUGAACUUUAGAGAUUAAUUUUGAACUUUAUAGUUUAUAAUUAUUUAUUUUAA